GUGAUCGUUGCCGUCCUGUUGUUACUAUUGUACGGAACAAGCUGCUACCGUCUCAGCAAUCUAUACGGUUGUUUUAUACUCCUGUUACUGUGAAGCUCACGUAAAAUACAAAUCAAUGCGUUUGUCAGUAAAGGGGAACCAUUAUAAGAAUAUCUGAUAAUGUCUGACAAGACCGAGAACCAAACCUCAGACCUUCCUGAUGCACACAGAGAUGAAGAUAACGCUGAUAUAGUUAAAGCUGAGAUAACAGAAGAUCUGUGUGUGAGGCAUCAGCUGGAAGCACCACAUGAUGAAACCAGUGACAGCAUCAGCCCAGGCCGUAUGGAUGUGAUGCCUUCAGAUGGCUCAGCGGUUAAGUACAGAGGCGAACCGUAUGUGUGUAAUUACGUGAAGACUGAGGAGGAUGAAGUUCCUAUAAAUACGGCUACAGGGGAUGUUAAGACUGAAGUCACACUUAAUGUUGAACAGACCAAUAAACUGGAAGCUCUGAAGCAAGAAAUCAGUGACAAUAUCAGUACAGGUUGUGUUAAGACUGAAGUCACACUUAAUGUUGAACAAACAAAUGAUCUGUAUGUAAAGAGUAAUCUGGAAGCUGUGAAGCAGGAAAUCAGUGACACUAUCAGUACAGGUGAAUUUACAAACUGCAGUAAUCCUAGCCAUGGUGAAAAUACAGAUGCUUGUGUCAAUCUUCUUCAAAAUCAAAGAAACAAUGUGGGAAAUGUAUGUUCUGAAUAUGGGAAUUUUUUUAGCAUGCAAUCAAAUCUUUUCAGACAUCAGAAAAUUUAUACAGGAGAGAAAGCAUUUUCAUGUUCUGAAUGUGGAAAAUGUUUUACUAAGAAAUUAGCUCUUAUUAGGCACCAGAGAAUUCAUACAGGCGAGAAAGCAUUUUCAUGUUCUGAAUGUGGGAGAUGGUUUGCUCUGAGAUCGUAUCUUAUGAAACAUCAGAAAAUUCAUACAGGAGAGAAAAAAUUUUCAUGUUCUGAAUGUGGGAAGUGUUUUGUUCUGAAACCAAAUCUUAUUGCACAUCAGAAAAUUCAUACAGGAGUGAAAGCAUUUUCAUGUUCUGAAUGCGAGAAAUGUUUUUCUCGGAGAUCAUAUCUUAAUACACAUCAGAAAAUUCAUACAGGAGUGAAAGCAUUUUCAUGUUCUGAAUGUGGAAAAUGUUUUGCUCUGAAACCACAUCUUAUUGCACAUCAGACAAUUCAUACAGGAGUGAAAGCAUUUCCAUGUUCUGAAUGUGGGAAGUGUUUUACUGAGAAAUCAAAACUUAAUAUGCAUCAGAAAUUUCAUACAGGAGAGAAAGCAUUUCCAUGUUCUGAAUGUGGUAAGUGUUUUCCUGGGAUAUCAACUCUUAAUACGCAUCAGAAAAUUCAUACAGGAGAGAAAGCAUUUUCAUGUUCUGAAUGUGGGAAAUGUUUUGCUCUGAAACCAAAUCUUAUUGCACAUCAGACAAUUCAUACAGGAGAGAAAACAUUUUCAUGUUCUGAAUGUGGGAAGUGUUUUGCUCGGAAAACAUAUCUUAUUACACAUCAGAAAAUUCAUACAGGAGAAAAAGCAUAUUCAUGUGCUGAAUGUGGUAAGUGUUUUCUUCUGAGAUCACAUCUUAUUGGCCAUCAGAAAAUUCAUACAGGAGAGAAAGCAUUUUCAUGUGCUGAAUGUGGGAAGUGUUUUGCUCAGAUAUCGGCACGUAUUGUCCAUCAGAAAAUUCAUACAGGAGAGAAAGCAUUUUCAUGUUCAGAAUGUGGGAAAUGUUUUACUAAGAAAUCAAGUCUUAUUAGACAUCAGAAUAUUCAUACAGGAGAGAAACCAUUUUCAUGUUCAGAAUGUGGGAAAUGUUUUGGUCGGAAAUCACAUCUUAUUACACAUCAGAAAAUUCAUACAGGAGAGAAACCAUUUUCAUGUUCUGAAUGUGGAAAAUGUUUUACCAGCAAAGGAAAUGUUGUUACUCAUCAAAAACGUCAUACAGAAGAGAAAGGAUUUCCGUGAACUUUUGCUCAGAAGUUACAACUUAUUGUGCAUCAGAAAAUUCAUACCGGAGAGAAAGCAUGGUCAUGUUUUGCACAGAGCGAAUCCCUAUGUGCCCUUGUCUGGUUUAGGAUAGUCCCCCUAGCUGCAUAAAAUGCAUAUUGCUGAAUUAUAACAAAAUAAAAAAAUAAAUAUAUAUAUAUAUAUUGA